GGUUGCUAUGGCGUUCUUCACAGCCUCUAAGACUCUGGCCCAUCCCUGUAGGAGUGAUGAACGACCAGACCAAUGGGAGCAGUGCCGUGGCGCGAAGAGGCGGGCCCUCUGCGGAAGGACUCGAAGGUGGCGGUGGCGAAGCUGCAGGCAGUUGGGGCCUCUCCGAGGCAGGUGACCAUGAAAGGCUUAUAUUUUCAACAGAAUAACACAAAUGAAGAAAUAACAUUUGUAUUUCAAGAAAGGGAAAAUCUCCCUCUUACAGAAGAUAACUUUGUGAAACUUCAAGUUAAAGCUUGUGCUCUGAGCCAGAUAAACACAAAGCUUCUGGCAGAAAUGAAGAUGGAGAAGGAUUUCUUUCCUGUUGGGAGAGAAAUUGCUGGAAUUGUGUUAGAUGUUGGAAGCAAGAUAUCGUUCUUUCAACCAGAUGAUGAAGUAGUAGGAAUUUUACCCCUGGAUUCUGAAGACCCUGGGCUUUGUGAAGUCGUUAGAGUGCAUGAGCAUUACUUGGUUCAUAAACCAGAAAAGGUUACAUGGACAGAAGCAGCUGGAACCAUUCGGGAUGGAGUCCAAGCCUAUACAGCUCUGCAUUACCUUUCUCAUCUCUCUCCUGGAAAAUCGGUGCUAAUAAUGGAUGGAGCAAGUACAUUUGGUACAAUAGCUAUUCAGUUAGCACACCAUAGAGGAGCGAAAGUGAUUUCAACAGCAUGUAGCCUAGAAGACAAGCAGUACCUUGAAAGACUUAGGCCUACUAUCGCCCGAGUGAUUGAUAUAUCUAAUGGGAAAGUCCAUGUUGCUGAAAGCUGUUUGGAAGAAACAGGCGGAUUGGGAGUUGAUAUUGUCCUAGAUGCCGGAGUGAGAUUAUAUAGUAAAGAUGAUGAACCUGCUGUAAAAUUUCAGCUACUACCACAUAAGCAUGAUAUCAUCACACUUCUAGGUGUUGGAGGCCAUUGGGUAACAAGAGAAGAAAACCUUCAGCUGGAUCCUCCUGAUAGCCACUGCCUCUUCCUCAAGGGAGCAACAGUAUCUUUCCUUAACGAUGAAGUUUGGAAUUUGUCAAAUGUACAACAGGGAAAAUAUCUUUGUAUCUUAAAAGAUGUGAUGGAGAAGUUAUCAACUGGUGUUUUUAGACCUCAGUUGGAUGAACCCAUUCUACUAUAUGAGGCCAAAGUUUCCAUGGAAAUUGUUCAAAAAAAUCAAGGAAGAAAAAAGCAAGUUGUUCAAUUUUAAUUUUAAUUCUUCCACAGACCUCAGUUGAAUGAACGUUCCAAUAUAUGAAGCCAAAGUUUCAUUCAAAAUUGUUGUGAAAAAUCAAGGAAGAUAAAGCACGUUGUUCUGUUUUUAACCGUGUUCUCCUGCUAAGACAAGAUGCUCAGAGUUACAUGAAGUAUUUGAAAAGUCGAUUGUUGUGCACAUGGUCAAGAUAAUUGUAUAACAACUGAAGGGAAUAUUCUGAAAACCUCUUCUGUUGUCUCUAUACAUUUCACCCCUGCUAUAAAAUACUUACUUGAAGAAAACUGCUUUCAGCAAAAACUACUCUAUUGAUAAAGCUGUAUUUUACUAUACAGUUUUUUUUUUACUAUACUGUCAAAAUAACGUUUUACUUUUGUUAUCAACUCCAUUCUCGACAUCUUCUUUGCUUAACAAAACUUUGCUGCUGUAACUUUAUCAUUUGCGUGUAUUUUUAAGCCUCGAAGGAUCUAGCCCAUAGGCACUUAA